ACUCCCCUUCCUCGCCGCCUUGGUCGCGUCCAUGCUGCCGUGAGUCCAGUCGGACCGCACCACGAGAGGUUCAAGAUAGGGAGGUGCGGGCGCGACCAUACGCUCUGCGGCGGCAGAGCCUCGGCGCUGCCUCAGUCUGCAGCGGGCAGCAGAGGAGUCGCGUCGUGCCAGAGAGCGCCACCGUGCUCCUGAGCCCCUCGCGCUCCGCCCCCGCGGCCCACAGACCCACUGCCCCUUGGAACCCCUGCCCCAAGCCGCCACCAUGAACUACCUGCGGCGCCGCCUGUCGGACAGCAACUUCAUGGCCAAUCUGCCGAAUGGGUACAUGACAGACCUGCAGCGCCCGCAACCGCCCCCGCCGCCUCCCUCGGCCGCCAGCCCUGGGGCCACGCCCGGCUCCGCGACAGCCUCUGCCGAGAGGGCCUCCACAGCUGCUCCGGUGGCUUCUCCAGCAGCUCCUAGUCCUGGGUCCUCGGGGGGCGGUGGAUUCUUCUCGUCGCUGUCUAACGCGGUCAAGCAAACCACAGCGGCCGCAGCCGCCACCUUCAGCGAGCAGGUGGGCGGUGGCUCUGGGGGCGCAGGCCGCGGGGGCGCCGCCGCCAGGGUGCUGCUGGUCAUCGACGAACCGCACACCGACUGGGCAAAAUACUUCAAAGGGAAGAAGAUCCAUGGAGAAAUUGACAUUAAAGUAGAGCAAGCUGAAUUCUCUGAUCUCAAUCUUGUGGCUCACGCCAAUGGUGGAUUCUCUGUGGACAUGGAAGUUCUUAGGAAUGGAGUCAAAGUUGUGAGGUCUCUGAAGCCAGACUUUGUGCUGAUCCGCCAGCAUGCCUUCAGCAUGGCACGUAAUGGAGACUACCGAAGUUUGGUCAUUGGACUGCAGUAUGCUGGAAUCCCCAGUGUAAACUCUCUGCAUUCUGUCUACAACUUCUGUGACAAACCCUGGGUGUUUGCCCAGAUGGUUCGACUACACAAGAAGCUUGGAACAGAGGAAUUCCCUCUGAUUGAUCAGACUUUCUAUCCUAAUCACAAAGAGAUGCUCAGCAGCACAACAUACCCUGUGGUUGUGAAGAUGGGCCAUGCACAUUCUGGGAUGGGCAAGGUCAAGGUAGACAACCAACAUGACUUCCAGGAUAUUGCAAGUGUUGUGGCACUGACUAAGACAUAUGCCACUGCUGAGCCCUUCAUUGAUGCUAAAUAUGAUGUGCGUGUCCAGAAGAUUGGGCAGAACUACAAGGCCUACAUGAGGACAUCAGUGUCGGGUAACUGGAAGACCAAUACAGGUUCUGCUAUGCUUGAGCAGAUUGCCAUGUCUGACAGGUACAAGUUGUGGGUAGACACAUGCUCAGAGAUUUUUGGGGGACUCGACAUCUGCGCAGUGGAAGCGCUACAUGGCAAGGAUGGAAGGGAUCACAUCAUUGAGGUGGUGGGCUCCUCCAUGCCACUCAUUGGUGAUCACCAGGACGAAGACAAGCAGCUUAUCGUGGAACUGGUGGUCAACAAGAUGACUCAGGCUCUGCCUCGGCAGCGGCAGCAGCGGGAUGCUUCCCCUGGCAGGGGCUCCCACAGCCAGUCUUCAUCCCCAGGAGCCCUGACCUUGGGCCGCCAGACCUCCCAGCAGCCUGCAGGUCCGCCUGCUCAACAACGACCCCCGCCCCAGGGAGGCCCUCCACAGCCAGGCCCAGGACCUCAGCGCCAGGGACCCCCGCUGCAGCAGCGCCCACCCCCACAAGGCCAGCAACAUCUUUCUGGCCUUGGACCGCCAGCUGGCAGCCCUCUGCCUCAGCGCCUACCAAGUCCCACCGCAGCACCUCAGCAGUCUGCCUCUCAGGCCACACCAAUGACCCAGGGUCAAGGCCGCCAGUCGAGGCCAGUGGCAGGAGGCCCUGGAGCACCUCCAGCAGCCCGCCCACCAGCCUCCCCAUCUCCACAGCGUCAGGCGGGCCCCCCGCAGGCUACCCGUCAGGCAUCUAUCUCUGGUCCAGCUCCUACCAAGGCCUCAGGAGCCCCACCCGGAGGGCAGCAGCGCCAGGGCCCUCCCCAAAAACCCCCAGGCCCUGCUGGUCCUACUCGUCAGGCCAGCCAGGCAGGUCCCGGACCUCGCACUGGGCCUCCCACCACACAGCAGCCCCGGCCCAGCGGCCCAGGUCCUGCUGGACGUCCCACCAAACCACAGCUGGCCCAGAAACCCAGCCAGGAUGUGCCACCACCCAUCACCGCCGCUGCCGGGGGACCCCCGCACCCCCAGCUCAACAAAUCCCAGUCUCUGACCAAUGCCUUCAACCUUCCAGAGCCAGCCCCUCCCAGGCCCAGCCUUAGCCAGGACGAGGUGAAAGCUGAGACCAUCCGCAGCCUGAGGAAGUCUUUCGCCAGCCUCUUCUCCGACUGACACCCCACUCUGAGAACCCCUAAACCCCCAGACAACCCUCUCUGGGUCCUGAGUCCAUUUCUCAUUUUUGGAACCUCCAAAUCCCUUGAAAACCCCUCUCCUGGUUCUCCUAGAUCCCACUUCUCAUUCCUCAAUAUGUCCCUUGAGAAACCUGGUCCUGAAUCCAGUUCUCACAUUUGGGAAUCCCCAAGUCCAUUUAGAAUCCUGUUCCUGAUCACCUCCAGAUCUGUUUUAGAACCUCCAAACUACUGAAGACCUCUAUUUCUGGUACAUCUAAAGGGUGAUUUCUUCCCUGAAAGUUCCUGACUGGCAGAAAACCUGUUUCUGACCUAAUACAUCGAAUCCUCUCCCGGAGCUCCGAAAUUCCUGAAAAACCCUAUUCUACUCUUAGUCCUGAAUCUCUCCCACACACCUUGCUCCUAAUCAGAAAUUUCCAAUUCUGUAAGAAGCCCCUAUCCUUAAACCUCUUCCAUAGAUCAUCUCUCUGGAGAUCCACAUCUUCAAAUGCCACCUACCAUCCACCAAACAGUCCCUCAAGGACUCCCCUUCACUUCUUCCCCUCAAUCCCAUUCAAUAUACUGGAAGUUCCUUCCACUUCUAGGACUCCUAAGUUCCCUCCUCCAGAAACCCCUCCCCAAUUUCCUGCCUCUGACAGCUGUCUUUAUGCAAACUCCACCCAUCCUCAGAAUCCUUUGCACAAGGAAGGCCUGUGGUCUCCCACUCCCCCACCUUUGCCGAUGUGUGUAUCUGUGACUGACUUGGCCUCCUUUCGUGCCAUGCUUAGCAUAUGUGGUCCUCGUUCAUGCCGCCUGUGGUAAUGCGUACAGUGGCGCUGUUUGUGUGGUCUGCAUCUUCCUCCAACCUCCACUCCUUGCCUGGACUUGCCCCACCCCUCAGCGGCUCUGAACCCCCAAGAGAAGAGUCGGGAAGCAAAAUAAACAAGCAAAGGCCCAGCAGAA